AUGGUAUCUGCGCGUAUUUUGACGACGGCACUCGCCAUUGGCCUCCAUGCCUUGGCUGUCAUUGGUGCUCCCAACUGUCCUUUGCAAGGUCCGGUCUUCCCCAGACCAGUGAACCCGUCAACAGACCCGACACUGCAAGAUGCAUUCAGGAACUUGACGGCCACCUUCACCCAGCGCGACCAGGACAACUCCACCGGCGCCGACUCCAUGACAUACUCGGUCGAGGUGUUUUCGGUGGCAGACGACAAGCCGAUCUGGUCGUGGUAUCACACUGCGCCGACACUCCCUUCCAACACGACUGGUGUCAAGAAGGCAGACGGCGAUACUGUGUACAGACUGGGCAGUCUGACCAAGGUCUUCUCCAUCUACACUUGGCUGGCCGAAGUCGGAGAUGCGCACUUCAAUGAACCCGUGUCCAAAUAUGUGCCAGAGGUGGCGGCCUUGGCUGCGGCUGCGGACGCAAAGAAGGACCCCGUGAACAACGUCGAUUGGAACAGCGUGACCAUCGGGUCCAUCGCGGCGCAGUUGACCGGGUUGGUUCGAGACUACGCGCAGGUCGGCGAGAUCACGCAGGAGUACAACCAGAGCGUAGCCAUGGCGCUCGGCUUCCCUCCGCUGCCCAACGCCUCCAUCCCGACAUGCGGAGAAUGGCCACUCUGCAAUCGAACGCAGUUCUUCGAGGGCAUGAAGCACACCAUUCCAUCCUAUCCUCCAUCGCAGACAGCGACCUACUCCGACCUGUCAUGGCUGAUCCUAGGAUACGCCCUCGAGACCAUCACCGGCAAGAAGUUCCAGGACAUGCUCGAGAAUGACGUCCUCAAGCCCCUCGGCCUGGAGCACACGUUCCUCUUCGCGCCCAACGAGACCCUGGGCGCGAUCCCUUCCGACAAGUCUCGUGUCCAGUGGUACUACAGCCUAGGAGACACGGCACCAGCGGGCAACAUGUACUCCUCGACGCGCGACAUCUCCGCCUUUGGCCGCGCCAUCCUGCGCUCCGCCCAGCUGUCCCCGGCCCAGACCCGCCGCUGGCUCAAGCCCGCCUCGCUGACCUCGGAGCUCGUCGCGGGGGUCGGCUACCCCUGGGGCGUGCGCCGCGUGCCCCUGCCCGUCUACGCCAACGGCAAGCGCGUCGUCGACGCGUACAACAAGGCCGGGAGCAUCAGCGCCUGGCGCUCCCUCCUCGUGCUCCUGCCCGACUACGGCGUCGGCUUCGCGGCGCUGUUCGCGGGCGACAAGGUCCCCGCCAACACCAACUUCAACGUGGCCGACGCACUCGCGGCGGCGCUGCUGCCCGCCCUCGAGAAGGCGAGCCGGGAGCAGGCGGACCGGGCCUUCGCGGGAGUGUACGAGGCGCCGCAGGAGGCGGCGCUCAACUCAAGCGUGGUAGUGUCGACGCAGGCUGAUCGGCCGGGGCUGGGCAUCGACUCGUGGGUGAGCAACGGGACCGACAUGAAGGCCGUGGCGGUCGCCCUGCAGACCGGGUAUCGUGUCAGUAAUCCCAGCAUUCGUAUGUACCCUACUGAUCUGGAGACUGUCAACGAGGAUGGGAGCAAGAGAGUGGCAUUCAAAGCGGUGUUUGAGGAUCUGGACGCGCCGAGCCGGAACACAAUGAUGUCGACUGACUGUGGCACAUGGGUGAGCCAGACCGGGGCUGUGUAUGGCGAGACGCCACUGGACCAGUUCGUGUUCAACAUCGACAAGAACGGCAAAGUGACGAGCCUGGAGCCACUGGCGCUGAGGGUGCAACUCAAAAAGCAUUAG